CCCCGCCCCUCGCCAGCAGUGUCCCUGGAGGGGUGUGCCCGUCCAGCCUCGACGGUUCGGGGUUUGAACUUCUUGUCCUGGAAGCUGUACAUCACCAUAAUGAGGCUUGUAAUUCUUGAUAACUAUGACUUGGCUAGUGAAUGGGCGGCCAAAUAUAUCUGUAAUCGCAUCAUUCAGUUCAAACCAGGACGGGACAGAUUUUUCACAUUGGGUUUACCAACAGGGAGUACACCUUUAGGAUGUUAUAAAAAAUUAAUAGAAUAUCAUAAGAAUGGAGACCUUUCUUUUAAAUAUGUGAAGACCUUUAACAUGGAUGAAUAUGUAGGACUUCCGAGGAAUCAUCCUGAAAGCUAUCAUUCUUAUAUGUGGAAUAACUUUUUUAAGCAUAUUGAUAUAGAUCCUAAUAAUGCACACAUCCUUGAUGGGAAUGCUACAGAUUUACAAGCAGAAUGUGAUGCAUUUGAGAAGAAAAUAAAAGAAGCUGGAGGAAUUGAUCUUUUUGUUGGAGGAAUUGGUCCAGAUGGUCAUAUCGCUUUCAAUGAGCCUGGAUCCAGUUUAGUAUCAAGGACAAGAUUAAAGACUCUAGCAAUGGACACCAUUUUGGCAAAUGCUAAAUAUUUUGAUGGAGAUUUAUCAAAAGUGCCAACUAUGGCCCUAACUGUUGGUGUGGGGACAGUGAUGGAUGCUAGAGAAGUGAUGAUCCUCAUAACAGGGGCACACAAGGCAUUUGCCCUGUACAAAGCAAUAGAAGAAGGAGUCAACCACAUGUGGACUGUCUCAGCUUUCCAGCAGCAUCCCCGGACUAUUUUUGUAUGUGAUGAAGAUGCUACUUUAGAAUUAAGAGUUAAAACUGUGAAAUACUUUAAAGGUUUAAUGCAUGUGCACAAUAAACUUGUGGAUCCACUAUACAGUAUGAAAGAAGGAAAUUGAAGGAGAUUGGAGCAAAUUUCUACUUGAAUGAACAGAGCACUUUUUUUAUAUGUAAUAGAUUAAUUCUCAGCUAUGCAACAUUACAAAAACAUGAGGAAUUUUGAAGAUUGUCAUUUUUAAAAUCUAGUAUCUAUGUUAAACAUUCCAUAUUUAGAAUGUCUAUUUCAUACUAAGUUUAAGAAAUAGUUGGCUCUCAAAAUUGAUUGGCUACUUAUUAAGUACAGAAGCCACAUAGCCACCUAUAAAACAGCAUAGAAAUAAAAUGCCGCUUAAAAUUUUUAAAGAUCAUUUUGAAGGAAGUAUGCACGUCAGGUAUAUUUGUGGCAUGAAUCUACAUUUUUUAAUGGCAAGAAGACACUCCAAGCCUUUCAGGUUUCAAACAACUGUCACUGCAAGCCUUUACUUUUGGAAUGUUAUCUUUUUAUUGUCCAUACGUUACACACAUGCUUUUCUGCACGUGGUUGCCUUAGUCAUCUUCCUGCAGUAGCAUCUAGACAUCAGAAAUUCUGCUCUGUAUUGUUGGUACAGGAAAUCUGAAGAGAUGACAGUGCCUAAAAGUACAGUUUACAUCCUUUUGGAAAGUGUAUGUUAAGUGCAUGUUUUUUGUGCACCUUCUUCUAUAGCACUUUUUUUACAAAUAUGGUCUUAUUUUUAUUUAAUGACUUGAGCUCAUGCCCUUAAUGUAAGUAUCUUAGCAAUUAUGUAUGAGCUUUAUACCUAGCAACACACUUGGGGAAAAUCUUUUGGAGAAUAUUUUCUGAUUAUUGUUAAACUUCAUAAAUGAUUACCUUUAUUCCUUAUAUAAAAUGUCUAAUAAAGGUACUAUAACGUAUAUAUAAAAGGAAUAACUGUAAACUUAGAUUGUCAUAAUAAUUUGAAUUAGAUUCCAAGUAAAACUGUUUUCUAUCUUUAAUUCAAAUAAAACUUAAUAAAUAAGUUAUCUAAAUUUUAUUUCCAGAAGUGAAACUGAAGAAUACAUGCAUUUGCCUCCAACAGUUAUUGUAUUGUGAUCCUGCAUUUACUUUUGGUUUGUUGCCAAUAUGCAAUUAGGAAAUUUAGCUUAAAGACAAUGUUUCUGUCUGUAGUUUCAGUCUUGCUCCAUGGGGAGUAAAGAAAAAGCUCCUUUUCCUUUGCUUAUUUUGUAUUUUAUAAACUCAUCUGUAGAAACCUUACCUAUCUGGAUUGUCUAUGUGAUUAAAAUGUAGUUUCUGGAAAUAUUUAAAUAGUAAAUAAAUUUAAAAUGAAA